AUGCAGUUUGCCCUCCUGGCAACUUUGGGCUUGGCACUCUCAGUGGUGCGGGCAGCCCCGUGCGACGAAUCUCAACUCGCUGCCAACCAAGUCGCUAUAAACGAAUGGACACUGAAUGACGCUUGUGCAAUUGCCCUGGGAAAGACCACGAGCGAAACGUGGUACUCGGCGUUUCAAAGUGUGGACACUGGGUCAAUCAACACGUUCACAACUCAGUAUUGUGGUUCGUCAGCUUGCGUCGCCUUGACCACGUCAACCAAUGCCAAAUAUACAACGUCCAAACCCCUGAACCAAGCCCUGAACCAACUCCUGAACCUACCCCCGAGCCUACCCCUGAACCUACUCCUGAACCUACUCCUGAACCGACCCCUGAGCCAACACCAGAACCAACCCCUGAACCAACGCCUGAACUAA